ACUGAUCAUGUUGCCUUUAAUUCACUUUCAUCAUUGUUUGCCAUCUUCUGUUGGUGGGUCGAUUCAUUUUGAAGGGUUGCAUUUAACUAAAAUUGUUUGCUCUCAAGUUUAACAGUUCAGGAUAUAGCUGUGCGACUGUUCCGUUUGAAAAAGGUACAAAGCUGUGCAGUUCUGUUUAACUGCACAGUAUGUGCUCAAGGGAUAAACUGUAAGUAGCUAAGCCGAAGCACAACAGAGAGAAGGAAAGGGAUGGCUCAAUCUCCAGCUCUUCUCUUUCUGCUUCUCUUCAUUUUUGCAACUAAAACGAUAGAGUCAACCCAAAUAUUCUUUCCAAGAGCCACCCAUCAAUCUCUGAUCAAGCAAGCCAAGGAUCCAAAACUGAGCAUCCCAUACAAGACCCAAUUCUUCCCUCAGCUCUUAGACCACUUCACCUUUCAGCCCCAGAGCUCCAAAAUAUUUUACCAGAAGUACCUCAUCAACGACCAUUACUGGGAGCAUGGAGCUCCCAUCUUCGUCUACACAGGUAACGAAGGCAACAUCGAAUGGUUUGCGGAAAACACUGGUUUCAUGCUCGACAUUGCUCCCAAGUUCCGAGCUCUGCUCGUCUUCAUUGAGCAUCGAUUUUAUGGAGAAUCUUUGCCAUUUGGUAAGGACUCAUACAAGUCAGCGAAGACAUUGGGGUAUCUGAACUCACAGCAAGCACUAGCAGAUUUUGCAGUUCUCAUUCAAAGUAUGAAGAACUUACUUUCUGAAGUUUCCCCUGUUUUGGUGUUUGGUGGGUCUUAUGGAGGAAUGCUGGCUGCUUGGUUUAGACUGAAAUACCCACAUGUAGCCCUUGGAGCUUUGGCAUCUUCAGCCCCCAUUCUGCAGUUUGAUGACAUUACUCCAUGGACAAGCUUCUACGAUGCUGUAACUCAGGACUUCAAGGACGCAAGCCAGAAUUGUUACGAGGUGAUAAAGGGAAGUUGGGCUGAGCUGCAAGCAGUGUCUGAGCAGAAAGGACUGGCGGAGCUCAGCAGAAGUUUCAGGAGUUGCGAGAACCUUCAUUCAAUGUAUUCGGCACGGAACUGGUUAUGGACAGCUUUUGUUUAUACAGCCAUGGUGAACUACCCAACAGAAGCCAAUUUUAUGAUGCCAUUGCCUGCUUACCCUGUAAGAGAGAUGUGCAAGAUCAUUGAUGGGUUCCCUCCCAGGGCUACCAAGCUUAGCAGGGUUGUUGCAGCGGCAAGCUUGUACUACAAUUAUUCUCGUACAGAAAAAUGCUUCAAAAUAGAAAAUGCAACUGAUGCUCAUGGGCUCCAUGGUUGGGAUUGGCAAGCAUGCACGGAGAUGGUUAUGCCUAUGACUUGCUCUAAAGAUAGCAUGUUCCCUCCAUCUACUUUUGACUACAAAGCGUUCAGUGAGCAAUGCAUGAGGAAGUAUGGAGUUCUGCCUAGACCCCACUGGAUUACAACAGAAUUUGGAGGCAAUAGGAUUGAGCAAGUUCUUAAGAGAUUUGGAAGUAAUAUAAUAUUUUCUAAUGGAAUGCAAGAUCCCUGGAGCAGAGGGAGAUUUCAGGGAAAAUCUUUUUCAGAAAUGAAAUGUGAAGCUCUUAGCCUUUUUGUUUUCUUCUUCCUUGAAAAGAAUGGAACUGUCAUGGAGUGCCCUCUAAGUGUGUUGAAAAAUAUAUCAGCCAGCAUCAUAGCACUGGCCACUGAGAAAGGAGCUCACCAUGUGGAUUUCCGAUCUGCUACAAAAGAAGAUCCAGAUUGGCUUGUAGAGCAAAGGAGACAAGAAGUGGAGAUCAUCCAAAGAUGGAUUAAUGAAUACCAUUCAGAUUUUAAAUGAGGAUGGAUUAUGUGAAGAUCUAGUUAACUUGAGAGCAAAUUAUGACAUUUAUGACUCAGAGAUUUCUGUUGGUUUCAACAAAAUAAUCUCUUUUAAUUUCUCCCAAAUGAAAGAAAAAAAAGGAAAUGAUCUUCCCUCUAACAAGAAAAGUUUAUUCGGUUA